AGAUAGAUUUUCUACACAAUUUUGCUUUGUAAACGAACUCCUAUACAUUUCUAUUCAUCCAUUCUUACUCUUUGGACUUCGCUUUCAGCGCCCCGGCUCCGCUGCAUCUACAACGACACCAACAUCACAGGGAGAGGGGGAAAGAAGAGGUGUUACUCACAGUCCAUUUCUUUUUGUUGCAUUGCGUGUGUGUGUGUGGGUGCUUUCUUUGAAGCCUCAACGCGUGUGCGCAGGUCGAGCAGAGCCGCUUCGUUCAUCUCCCUUUUCCUUUGUUCUCCUUCUCUUGGGUUUCUUGGGCCUUCCGAGUUCACGGACAACGCUGCGCAUACAUUGCAGAGGUUGACCCGCACUUCCUACCACAGAAGGACGCAUCAUACUAAUCCAAGCUGGCUCGUUUCACGUCGCCGCUCGCGGGAUUACGAGAGGGCGUUUGCUUAAGAAAGGAGGCAGAAGACCCAUUCAUUUAUUCAUACCCCGGUGGAUAAAUGGUUUGAGCUGACGCUGCUCUCUGAUACCAAGUGGUCCCCGACACCCGAGAAAACCGCUGCAAAGAACUGUUCACGAAACAGUCUUCUUAUCUGUUCUCCUGUGCCGUUGUCGUUGACGACUUAGCUCUACCUAUAUAUAUAUAUAUUUUUUUUUUCUCUUGCGGUUCUUUUUUUCUCUUCGAAGUCUCUUUUGAACGAACACCGUCGCCUGCAAGUUUGGCGGGGGAGGCAAACGUAAGCUCACUCAGCGCCCACUUAAUAUUUUUAUCUGUCUCUCUGCCUUUUACUGAAAGCGAACUUUCUCGUUGUAUUUGCAAGGCCUUUUUUCUCUUUCCUUUUUCUUUCUGGCCCUUUCACGAAGUAGCAUCAGCAUCACACAUACACCACGUUGAAUUACCUUCGCGACUGAUUAUUACUACUACUAUUAUUACUACUAGUAUUGUUCUCUGUGGAAGUAGGUGGGGGCUAUCAUAUCUGACCUCGUUGCACACCUGCGCCGCGUCUAGCCUUCCUGAUAGGUGCCUUCUCUCCUCCUCCCCUCCUCCCCUCUCGCAAGGAGAGCACCAUGAUUUCUACAUUGGGCGGACUGCUGAACCUAAACCACCUUGACCAAUCCAGUCGCGCCAACGAUGUCAUCGUCAUUCGCCACCGGGACGGCUCCUUGCACAGCACACCCUUCAACGUGCGCUUUGGCCGGCGGCAGAUGUGGAGCACCGCCGGCCGCGUGGUGCAGGUGGAGGUGAACGGCGAACUGACAUCGGCCGUCAUGAAGAUCGGCAAGGGCGGGGAGACGUACUGGUUGCAGCCGACGUAUGGCGCCUUCGGGCACCACGCGCAUCCGCAUCGCGACUCCGUCAGGGCCUCGACGAACGCGACAGAGGAAAGGGGCCGGACGACGGCAGCAACAGCAGCAGCGGCUGCCGCUGCCGCUGCUGCUGUUGCUGCCGCAAAAGUCCACGCCAACCGCGAUAUGCCGAGGCAGCACAGCAGCCGCAGCAACGAUGACCACCACAACGGCGGCCUUCCCGGCGGCGAGGCAAACCCGCCGCUGGUGGUCAACGCGGCCGACUUGCGGCACUUCUCGAUUCACCCCGAGUCCCCGCCGGAGCUGUCGGCAAGCGAGACAUCGCCACGCCAGGGCGAUCAGAACGCUGUCACUGACCCACAAUCGGGGCAGCUUCCCCGCCUCUCAGCCGUGCCACCAUCGGCACUAUCGACGACAGCGGUGAUGCAUACGAUGAAAGCCACAUCCCACGGCCCGUCACCGGUUGGGCCGGCACCGGCAGACGCCAGCGAACUAAUCGCCUCGCCGAACUCGUUGGACUCGACGAGUAGUCUCCCUUUGCUGCACAGAGGCGACAACGGUGACUUGGUGGUGGAGACACGUGCCAUCCACUCGGCCGAAGAUGUGCAGGAGGCCCGUCUGGCCUUGCAAGUCAUGGCCGCCGCGGAAAAGUCGCGGCGGCGUCUCUCUAAGCUGCUCUUGAAGGAGGACUCUUUCUUUCUUCAGUCGGCGGAGGAAGAGGAGGGGCAGCUGGAUGCGACGACUGGGGGCGCAGCAGCGGCAGCGACAGCAGAUGUCCAAGAGGCCACUCAUCGAAAAGAUGAAGGACAGGUUGGCACAGAAAGAAACCCGCAGACGUGGAACGCGGAGAGCUCAUCGGAGGACAAGGAGAAGAAGGCUGCUGUCGCUGCUGCCGCUGCUGUGCCGGCAGAGGCAGGACCCACUGCAACAGCCGCAACAUCUGCUGGGAUUGACGGCGAAGUGGCCGUGCCGGUACCACCCACCGCUUCUGCCGCUUCUCCAUCACCACAUCACAAGAGCCCGUCAGCCGCCGCCGCGCCCGUUGAUGAUGCCGAGGUGUCUUCCGUGGGUUCGGCUUCCGGCAGCACCGACAGCUACAAAGUCGAAGACACCGACGAUUACUUCCUCGAGACGAUCGACGCUGAUGAGUACGCGGCGAUGUACGGCGAGGAGGAGCUGCUGAAGAACGUGUCCUUCUCGAGCAGCGUGACGAGCGGGGUGUCGAUUACGGACGCUGUGAUGAGCGGCUCCGGCAGUGAUGUCUCGAAGACGUCGCCGGCGGGGCGCACGACGGGUGACGCUGCUGUCGUUGCAGCAACGGCAGCAGCGAUAUCAACGCCAGCAGCACAUGCGAUUUCUACGUCAGCACAGCACGACUCGCCGUUAAAUCCGGGGAAGGCUGGUGGUGGCGGCGGCGUCUCAGCGCUUUCAGCAGCUCCGACAGCACCCGCAACGAGGGCCAAGGCCGACACCGCAGUCGACGACGUGACGGAGGUGUUGGAUGCUGAAGGACGGGUGGUGCACCACCCGUCAUCGGCUGUCGUCGCCGCCGCUGCUGUUGCUGCUGCUGAUGCGGCGGAGGGAGGUGGUGGUGGUGGUUCGUACUUUACCCGCACCCUCAUUCCUGUAGAGGCGGACCUGUGGAAGCUGCAUCUGAGGGAUGGGUGCAACAAGGUGCGCUACCUCGCCCGCAAAGACAAGGGCGAAGUCGUCUCCAUCGCGUGCAACAUCUUCCUGUGGAACUGGACAGAUCGCCUGGUCGUGAGCGACGUGGACGGCACCAUCACGAAGAGCGACUUGUGGGGCCACUUCUAUGCGAUGCUGGGCAAAGGCGGGGACUGGACCCACCCCGGGAUAUGCACCUUGUACUCGAAGAUCGCGCGGAACGGCUACCGCAUGGUGUACCUGACGGCGCGCAGCGUCUCACAGAUCAAUCAGACCAAGGCGUACCUCUUCACCUUGCAGCAGGACGGCGUGGGGCUGCCGCUGGGGCCGGUGCUGACGGCACCCCAGCGCUUCUUCACCGCGCUGACGCAGGAGGUGUCGAAGCAGUCACACGUCUUCAAGAUCGCGUGUCUGACGAGCGUGCGCGCUGCCUUUCCGCCCCACACGAAGCCCUUCUUCGCCGGCUUCGGCAAUCGCUACAACGACGUGAUCAGCUACGACGCCGUCGGCAUCCCGACACACAAGAUCUUCAUCAUUGACCCGUCCAGUGUCCUCCACGUGUGCCUUGUGAGGCAGACCUACCGCGACUUGGGCCACCUGGUCGAUGUAACCUUCCCUCCGCUGAGGCGCAACCCGGUGGUGCUGCGCGCCCCGCCAUUGCCGCGGCGCCCACAGCAGUUAAGCGAACCCGCCAGCAAGCACAAAGACGACGGCCACGCUCCCGCCGAAGGUGAAGCGGGCAAGGACGCGCGGCGAGGAAUGGAGCGACACGCCUACGCCCGCGAUUUGCUGCAUCGCUCUUCAUCUGCGUCGUCGUCGUCGUCGUCCUCCUCCUCCUCGUGCUCUGAGGCGCCCUCCGGCGAUUACUCCUCAGACCCGCAGGAGCACGGCAGCGCGUCGCUGGAGUGUUCGAUGGGGUCCGCGUCCGCGACGUUGGCGUCCGGCGGGCCACCACCACCUCAUGAGCAGCAGCACCAUCACCAUCACCACAGUCACGGCAGCGGUGAGGCGUACAACGCGGUGCGUCCCGCGUCUGUGGCCUUUAGCCUUGUUGAUUCGUUCGUUGUCGCGGCGCACGGCGAGAGCAGCGGCAGCAGCAGCGAUGGAGGGGCGGCCGCGAGGACCUCCGCUGCGGUUGCGCCCUCCAACACGAGGACCGCUGCCACGCACGCCGGGGAACGUGGUCCGGCAACCCCUUCGUCGUUGUCGUCCGCCACGUAUGGCGCUCUCUCUUCCGCUACAAAGGCAGCGGCCGUCCCAGCAGGCGGUGCAGCACCACCGUUGUCCGCGUCGCGCGCGAAACCGACUGCGUCAUGGGAGGUUGGCUCUACCGAGUACAGCUGCUUCUCUGGUCCGGCAUCGACUUCGAUGGGGAAGACGACGGCUGCCGCUGCCCCAGCAGGGCAAGGGACCGAGGUAGCGGGUGGGCCUUCUUCUUCAGGACUCCUCGCUGGCACUGCGUUGCCGAAUGCCCCAUCAUUCACAGCCGCCUCCGCAACCACUGCAGCUCCGUCACACGCGGCUUCUUUAGCGGCUGGACGUGGUGGGGGACCGAGUGGCGGCGCCGACAACACUAGCAGACAUCAGUCGAACGGUCCCACGUACAACUACGGACAGCGUGGGCGGUUUGAUGGCAGUGGUGGUAAUAGUGGCGGUGGUGGUGGUGACUGCGUGGAGGACUACGAGGUAGGAGGAGGUACCGGUCGAUCCGGACUUCUCGUCGUUCGCCUACUGGCGCAUGGACCCAAGGGACUUGAUCGCACCAUCGGUGAAGGUGGCGGCGAAGGCGGAACCGCGCAGUGUGCGCGCUCCUGCCGGCGCUGA